AUGACGACGCCGUGCUUCGGUCUCUCGGCGCCCGCCGCGCUUCCGCCGCAGUUACGCCAGCGUGCAUCGCGCGUGCGCCACCCGCGCAUUGCCGCCGCGCCUGUCCGCCGAGCGCGCGCCUCGCUCAAGUCCGCGUCGGCCAACGGCGCGGUCGACCCGGCCUCCAAAAAGCAUGGCACGGGAGGCGCCAUCCCGCGCCUGCCCGAGCCGACCGCCUCGCUCAAGUCUGCGUCGGCCAACGGCGCGGUCGACCCGGCCUCCGAAAAGCAUGGCACGGGAGGCGCUAUCCCGCGCCUGCCCGAGCCGACCGUCGUUGAGGUCGAGUUUGCACCGGGAAAGACGGCGCGCUUCGAGACCGGGCGCGUCGCGCGCCAGGCAGCCGGCUCUGUCGUCGCGCGCGUGGGGGACACGGUCGUGUUUUGCACCGCGUGCGCGGAGAGCGCACCAUCGCCCACAGUCGAUUUCCUCCCGCUGCGCGUGGACUAUGCAGAGAAGUUCUCCGCGACGGGCCGCACGUCGGGGAGCUAUAUGAAGAGAGAGGGACGGCCCAGCGAGCGCGAGGUCCUGAUCUCCCGCCUCAUCGAUCGCCCGCUGAGGCCCAUGUUCCAAGAGGGGUAUUUCACCGAGACCCAGCUGCUGGCAAACGUCUUUUCGUACGACGUCGAGCACCCGCCCGAUGCCCUGGCCGUUUGUGGCGCGGCGGCCGCGCUGCACAUUUCGCACAUUCCCUUGGUUGAGCCGGUCGCGGCGGUGAGGAUUGCCUACGUGGAUACCGCGUUUGUGGUCGAGCCUAGCGUGGCGCAGACUAAGCUGGCCGCGUCCGAACUGGUCGUUGCCGGGACGAAGGGUGCCAUUUUGAUGGUUGAGGGAUACUGCGACUUUUUGACAGAGGAACAAAUCAUGGAAGGCAUGCGCAUCGCGCAUACCGCCAUUGGUAAUCUGUGUCGGGCAAUUGAAGAGCUGAGGGUGAAGACGGGCGAGAAGGAAAAAGAACUCGACGGCUUGCGCGUCGUGCCCGCGGAGCUCACGGAGAAGAUCAUCCACCUGGCUACCGACUUGGAUGACGCCCUCGCAGUGAUCGGUAAAAAGGAUCGCGAUAGGGUUGUCACAGAGGUAAAGAAUAGAGUCUUUGCACAACUCGAGCCGAGUCGACAGGACACUAUUUCAGACCCAGACGGAUCUGCCGAGAAGCUCACUUUGCUCAAGCUCGCGUGGAAGAAUUUUGUCUCGGAACGCAUGGUCACGCGUAUUUUGGAUGACAACAUCAGGCCGGAUGGGAGGGAUGCUUUUACAGUCAGGCCCAUUACGAUAGACCCGGCGCCGUUACCAAACGCCCAUGGAUCUGUUUUGUUUACCCGAGGAGAGACCCAGACGCUGGCUGUGGCUACGCUGGGCGGCGACAACAUGGCACAGCGGUUUGAGACUUUGGAAGGAGAGGACGCGGCGAGGUUUUAUUUGCAAUAUUCAUUUCCUCCAUCAAGCGUGGGAGAAGUAGGAAGGGUUAGUGCACCUGGUCGCCGGGAAAUCGGCCAUGGGAAGCUUGCCGAGCGUGCGUUGCUGGCGGCGAUCCCGUCCAAAGAACUCUUCCCGUACGUGCUCAGAGUGGAGAGCAACAUUACCGAAAGCAACGGCAGCUCGAGUAUGGCCAGCGUGUGCGGAGGCUGCAUCGCUCUUCUGGAAGCGGGAGUUCCUCUGAAGUCGUCAGUGGCGGGUAUCGCGAUGGGACUCGUUGUGGAUAAAUCAUCGGGCCAUGAUCUGACCACCGGGGAGUACCGCGCGGUUGUACUCACGGAUAUUUUGGGAAUAGAAGAUGCGCUCGGUAGUUGCGACGCCAAGUUUGCAGGCAACAGAGAUGGGUUGUCGGCUCUGCAACUGGACGUCAAGCUGCAGGGUAUCUCUAUGGAUCUGUUUUCUAGAAUACUGAUGCAAGCCAGAGCUGGGCGAAUGCACGUUUUGGAUUGCAUGGACGCUGUCAAGGCCAAACCUAGCCCUUCACUGCCCGAGUCAGUGCCCAAGGUCGAAGUGAUGAACAUUUCGCCAAAGCGGAUAGGUGAUGUGAUUGGUGCCGGCGGCAAGACUAUACGGUCCAUCAUUGAACGAUGUGGAGGUGAGGGUACAAUGCAAAUUGGGAUUGAUAACGACGGAAGAGUUUCAAUAAGUUCGGCGAGUAGGGAUAUGAUCAAGAAGGCCAUGGGUAUGAUUACUGGACUAUCGAUGACUGUUGACGUUGGAACAAAGUUCAAAGGCAAGGUGACCAAGGUUCUUCCAUUUGGAGCGUACGUGGAAAUGGUCGCAGGAAAAGAGGGCUGGCUACAUAUUUCGGAACUGGAGGAUAAGAGGACUAACAAUGUAGACGACGUAUGCAAAGUCGGUGACACGGUUGAAGUCAAGGUUAUAGAAAUCGGUCGCAACGGGCAAUUCAAAGUGAGCCGGAAGGCAUGCCUCGCUGGUAAUACGAGGGAACAAACCCAGGGCACCGUUAAUCGGAAAGACAGGGUGCAGUAA